ACAGUAGUACAAAAACAAGAAGUACUUGGUCCCUAUUCCACCCUCCCCUUUCCUUUCACAAAGAGCUGCAGAGGAAAAAGCUGUGGAAGAAAGCGGUGGGUCACAAAAGAGAUUCUUGGGAUUGCUUAUUUUGGAGUCAACAGAUCCUCAGGAACUCCUGGUCCAAAGCAGGAUGAGCUGGAAUUCAGCAUGGCACCAGAAAAUGAAACAGCAGUUACUGAGUUCAUCCUAGAGGGUUUCCCAGAGCUUGAUCCAAGAUUGCAGCUGUUUUUCUCUUGGGUGCUUCUGCUCAUGUACUUGACAACAGUGAUGGGGAAUGCAACCAUCAUUUUCCUUGUGUGUGUGGAUCACCACCUGCAAACCCCCAUGUACUUUUUCAUCUGCAACCUGGCCUUCCUGGAAAUCUGGUUUACAUCCUCCACAAGCAUCAAAUUGUUUGUCAUGCUGAGUUCUGGUCAGAACACUCUCUCACGAAGCAGCUGCUUUGCCCAAAACUAUUUCUAUUUUGCCCUGGGCUGCACAGAGUUUGUCCUGCUGGUUGUCAUGUCCUUUGACCGCUAUGUUGCCAUCUGCCACCCUUUGCUCUAUGCUGUCAUCAUGAAGCCUCAGCUCUGUGUCCACCUGGGUGUUGCUGCUUGGGUCCUUGGCUUUGCCCUGCUCAGCUACCGGCUGCUUUUCCUCUCUGAGCUGUCUUUCUGUGGCUCCAAGAUCCCCCAUUUCCUUUGUGACAACUCCCCCUUGUUCAAACUGUCCUGCUCUGACACCAGCCUGCUUUGGAAAAUAGACUCGGUCCUCUUAUCAUGUGUUGUGCUGGGUUCUUUAUGUUUGACUCUGGCAUUUUACAUCUGCAUCCUGUUCUGUGUUCUGCAUCUUCCAGCAGCCUCUGGGAGGAAGAAAGCUUUGACUACAUGUUCUUCCCAUCUCAUCACCUUAUCCAUUGCCUAUGGGAGCUGCAUUGCUCUCUACACACAUCCUGCAGAAGAUGUUUCCUUGAGGACCAACAGAAUUGUAGCUCUGCUGAACACAGUUCUGUACCCAUUCUUAAAUCCAUUCAUCUACAGCCUUCGGAACAAAUCUGUGAUCCUGGCCCUGAACAAAUCCAUUGCCAGGGCAAGAACAAAGCUUUUCCCCUAACCAUGGUGCAUUUCUGGAAAGCCAUCCCAAGAAUCUGGUAUCAUCUGUUACAUAAUACCAGUGCCUGUGUGUGCAGCCUUCAAACACGGCUGCCUCAGGAGAUUGAAGCUCCUGCUGGGCUGUGUCAGGUUAAGAGAUAAGAGACUCAUCUGCACACCCAGGCAGGGCACCAACAAUGGCAGCAGGAGAAACUCAGUUCAUUCUCUGCUCCUGGGCCCAUCUCCGGAGAGCCACCAGCUCAUUUAGAGCCCAUCUCCAAAACAAAGAAGAGCACAGAGGAGCAGUGGCAAGUGACAAUCCAAAUUACAGCUCCUCAGCAAUGGACACCUUGUCCCAGCUCCUUUCCUGGACAGCCAUCAGCCCUGGGGUCCAAGUUUGAAACCCGAAAGUCACUGAGAGCAGGUCACCAUUUGGACUAAGGGGAUUGUUACCCUGGCAUGUAGGACACAUUAUGGGAUGGAGGGGAAGGGCAGUUUUGGCUAGCACAGGACUUGUGGGAAGGUGAGGGGAGGACCACAACCAGAGCAGUCUGUCCUGUCUUCUCAUUAAACUUGAAUUCUA